GAAAUGUUCAUUUCCGGACGUGACGUCACUUCAGCCAUUUUCUUGAAAGCGAGGGUGUGCCGAACUGAAGUUUAUGGGUCGGAACCUAAGAAAACACUGAUGUUGUCAAAGUAAACUUUCAGCAUGCACUGAUAUAAAGAGAUUUUCGUCAAUGUGAUAAAAGAACUAUAGACAAAACUUGAUACAGACAAGAACACUACUAAAGAAACAGGAAUUGUUGUUGAAAAAAGGGGAGACAACUUUAACCAAGAUGGCAACCCUCUCGCUGAAAAUCAGCGUAGUUGGGCAGAAUGUUGUAAAGACCAUGCAGUUUGAACCAAACAUGCAAGUUUUUGAUGCCUGCAGAAUCAUCAGAGACAAGUUGAUAGAGACAACUACAGAAAAAAUAAAUCCUGGAGAAUUUGGACUGUUUCUAUCAGAUGAAGAUCCACGUAAAGGAAUAUGGUUAGAAAAUGGCAGAACACUAGACUACUAUCUACUAAGAAGUGGUGAUUUACUAGAGUACAAAAAGAAACUAAGGAUAUUACAGAUUAGAACUUUAGACGAUGCUAACAAGAAAAUCCAGAUAGACGACAGCUUCCAAGUCGGACAGCUUAUGGUGACAAUCUGUACUAAAAUGGGAAUAUCCAACCAUGAAGAAUACUCAUUAGUUUUAGAAAUGCCUGAGGACGAGAGAGAGAAAACAUUAACAUUAAAACGGGACAAAUCCAUCGCAAAAGAUCAGAAAAAAUUAGAUGAAAUGAGGAAGAAACUUCACACAGAUGAUGAAAUGGACUGGUUAGACCAUUCUAAAACUUUACGAGAACAGGGAGUUACAGACAAUGAUGUUUUACUGUUGAGAAGGAAAUUCUUCUUCUCCGACCAGAACAUAGAUCAGAGGGAUCCUAUACAGCUCAACUUAUUGUUUGUACAGUGUCGAGAUGCUGUGUUGAAUGGUACCCAUCCUGUUACUCAAGAUGAAGCUAUACAACUGGCAGGGUUCCAGUGUCAAAUUCAGUUUGGAAACUUUGUGGAGGGUAAACACAAACCAGGAUUCUUAGAAUUGAAAGAAUUUCUUCCCAAGGAAUACAUUAAGACAAAAGGAAUAGAAAAGAAAAUAUUUCUUGAACAUGAUAAACUGAGAAAUAAAGGUUUAAAUGAAUUUGAAGCCAAGGCCAAGUACACACAGAUGUGCAGAUCUCUAAAAACUUAUGGUAUUACUUUCUUCUUAGUCAAGGAGAAGAUGCCAGGUAAAAAUAAGCUAACGCCACGUUUACUUGGUAUUACAAAGGAAAGUGUUGUCAGGAUGGACGAAAAAACUAAAGAGAUCUUAAAGACUUGGCCACUUACAACAGUUAGAAGAUGGGCUGCUUCACCAAACAGUUUUACUUUGGAUUUUGGUGAUUAUUCUGACAAUUACUAUUCAGUACAGACUCAAGAAGGAGAACAAAUUUCCAGACUCAUAGCUGGUUAUAUUGAUAUUAUACUAAGCAAGAAAAAAGCCAAAGAUCACCUUGGUAUUGAUGGAGAAGAUGAAGCUCCUAUUUCUGAGGAUAAUGUUGCUCCAUCACAGGCCACCAUUAUCCAGAGGAACCAGGCAAAGAUUGGUCAUGCUGAUGUUGGAUCCGUUGCCAUGCCAGCAGUUUUAAGGGGAGCUAACACUGGGCAAUCUAGUUUUUCUACGGGAUCAAUGGGAUCAGCUCAACAUAGUCAGGUGUCAAAUGAAGCGCAUGUAGGGCAUGCUAAUAGACAGAGUCAGAACAUACGAGAACAGACGCUGUCACAUUCACAGAGGGCGCUGAUUACCAUUAUAGACGAGGGAAUGACGUCCAUCAAGAAGGCCCAAUCACAGAUGGAUCAUGGUGCCACACUUCCACAGCUUGGAGACGAUGCUGCCUCCAAGAAAUGGCGUCAAAAUACUUUAGAUUUGUCCCGACAGAAAGUGAGCGCUGAGGUAUCAGCUAUGAAUGCUGCCACAGCACAGCUAGUUACAUUGUCAGCAGGAGACGAGGAGCCUGAUCCACAAGCAGUUAGCUCGGCUGUAGCUCAAAUCACCUCCAAUAUUGGAGAGUUCUCACAUGAUGUGCGUAUGUUGGCAGCUCUACAUGAAGACGAGAACACUGGUAACAAUUUAAUGAACGCUGCUAAACGUCUGGCUGGUGCCUUCUCAGAUUUACUUAAUGCGGCACAACCUAAUGCAAGAGAUAGACAAAAUAUUAUAGCAGCUGCCAAGAUUGUUGGUGAGGCUAGCCAGGAAGUGAUGUAUGGUGUUGGAGAAACAGCAGAAGACCUGGACAGAAUGUACCAAGAGACUCUUCUGGCCCUGGCCAAGGCUGUGGCCGGUGCUACAUCUACCUUGGUACUGAAGGCUAAGGGUGUGGCUAGUUCUACGGAUGACCAGGGAUUACAGAACAAAGUUAUCAACUCCGCAACAAGCUGUGCUCUCGCUACGUCACAACUGGUGGCAUGUACUAAGGUUGUUGCUCCAACAAUAGCCAGUCCAGCUUGUCAGGAACAGUUAAUAGAAGCAGCCAAACAAGUGGCCCAAUCAGUCGAGGGCAUUGUUGAUGCUGCCCAGCAGGCCUGUCGUGAUGACCGUCUGCUCCAGGAUCUGGGAGGUGCUGCUACCAUGGUAACACAAGCAUUGAAUGAUCUGUUGCAGCAUAUUAAGAAAGGAGCAGGACCCACUCAUGCCCAUGAAGCACAUGAAGAGGCAGUGGACACUAUUUUAGCUGGAACAGACAAGAUUGUUAGUUAUUUUGGUGAUGCACAUGAGAUGGUCAAACAGGCUAGACAACUUGCACAGGCAACCUCCAUGUUGGUAAAUGCCAUCAAAGGUGAUGCUGAAGGCCAUACUGAUUCAGACAUGCAGAAACGAUUACUGGCAGCCGCCAAAGCUCUCGCUGAUGCUACAGCUAAAAUGGUGGAGGCUGCAAAGGGCUGUGCCUCCAAUCCUAACGAUGCUAUGCAGCAACACAGACUGAGACAAGCUGCAGAGGAUCUUAGAUCUGCCACUAACAUUGCUGCUAGUAAUGCAUUGAAAAAGAAAGUCAUUAAACGUCUGGAGAAUGCAGCGAGACAAGCCGCCUCAGCCUCCACACAGUUGGUCAAUGCAGCUAAGUCUGCCAAUACUACCAAUACAAAUACAUCCUCACAACACCAACUGGACAUUCAGAUCAAUGAAAUUAAUGAAGAGUUACCUAAACUUGUACAGGCCUUCAGAGCCUCAAUGUUAAACACAGACAGUGCUACUGCUCAACUGAAUCUCAUUAACCAAAGUAAAGAUUUUAUACAGCCUGCUAGUGCCUUAAUAGCUGCAUCUAAUGCUGCCAAUCCAACAAUUGGUGACCAGGCUGCAGCCUUGAACUUGAGCCAUACUGUCAAGGUCAUGUCCAAUGCCUUGGCUGAACUAAGGUCCUCCACCUCUAAAUCAGAAGAGGCAUAUGGGUCCUUGGAGAUAGACAGUGCCUUAGACCAGCUACAAACACUUGACUCUGAAAUGAUUGAAGUUAAAAGAUCUGCCCAACAUGGACAACUCAGACCUCUACCUGGAGAAACUGCUGAGACGUCAGCAUCUAAACUUGGAGCUACUUCUAAGACAGUAGGAUCUGCCAUGGCACAACUCCUGACAGCUGCUUCACAGGGUAAUGACAAUUACGUAGGAAUAGCUGCCAAAGAUACAGCCAAUGCUUUACGUGUCCUGGCUGAUGCCACUCGAGGUGUGGCAGCUACCUCAGACGACCGUGAAGUACAGGAACUUGUUGUGGACAGUGCAAGGGAGGUAAUUAACCAGUCAACAAAAUUAUUGGAGGAGGCCAAGAAAGCCAUGAAUGAUCCUGAAAAUCCAGAGAAUCAACAAAGAUUAAACCAGGUUGCCAAAUCAGUAUCCAAUGCUCUGAACAACUGUGUGAAUUGUUUGCCAGGUCAGAGAGAUAUAGACAAUGCUAUCAGACAAAUCACAGACUCCUUUCAAGCUCUGGCUGUUACACAGUUUCCACACACAAAUAAGAGCUUCCAGGAUGUACAGUUAGAAAUGAACAAUGUAGCUGUCAAUCUAAACCAAGCCGCUAGUGACAUCGUCACAUCAUCUCGUGGUGCUCCUAAACUUCUCGCCGAGUCCACUCGCCAAUAUAGUGCCACCUAUGAAGAAUUUGUGAAAACAGGACUAACCAUUGCUGGAAUAACAAAAGAUAAUGAAACGCAGAGCCAGAUUGUAGGAGGUUUGAGAAGUGUUUCCAUGGUUUCUAGUAAACUUUUAAUGGCUUCCAAACAAGUGUCUGCCGAUCCUAAUGCACCAAACUCAAAGAAUCUCUUACAAAAUGCUGCAAGGGCAGUAACAGAAAGUAUUAACCAGUUAAUAAACACCUGUACAGUGUCAGCACCAGGACAGAAGGAAUGUGACAAUGCUCUUAGACAAAUACAGAUGAUGCAGAAUCUAUUAGAGAGUGCUAAUGAACCUGUGACAGACAUGUCUUACUUUGAAUGUUUAGAUGCUGUCAUGGAGAGGUCAAAGAACCUUGGUGAGUCUAUGACAGGUAUUACUAACCAUGCUAAGAAAGGAGAACUAGAUGAUUUCUGUGAUUCUGUUCACAACUUUGCUGGGUCAGUCUGUGGCCUAACAGAGGCUUCAUCACAGGCAGCUUAUUUAGUUGGAAUAUCAGACAAGGCCUCAGAACCAGGGCGACCAGGAUUGGUAGACCAGUCACAGUUUGCCAGAGCAAAUCAGGCAAUACAACUUGCCUGCCAGAACCUUGCCAAUCCAGCAAGCUCUCAACAACAGGUUCUGUCUGCUGCUACUGUUGUUGCCAAACAUACAUCAUCAUUGUGUAAUGCCUGUCGUCUGGCAUCUUCAAAAACAACCAAUCCAGUGGCAAAGAGACAUUUUGUGCAGAGUGCUAAGGAUGUAGCCAAUAGCACAGCAGCUCUUGUUAAAGCUAUUAAAGCAUUGGACAGUGAUUUCACUGAACAAAAUAGACAGAAAUGUGCAGAGGCUGCUAAGCCAUUGAUCAACGCUGUUGAUGAGUUAUCUACCUUUGCAUCUUCACCAGAGUUUGCCAGCAUGCCUGCAAAAAUAAGUGCAGAGGCAAGAAUUGCCCAGCAGCCAAUCAUCCAGGCUGGCAAGGCAAUGAUAGGAGGAGCUUCAAACAUGGUCCAAGCUGCCAAACAAUUGGCUGUCAAUCCUAAAGAUCCGCCCACUUACCAGAUGUAUUCAAGCUACUCAAAGAGUGUGUCAGAUGCCAUUAAGAAAUUAGUAGCAUCAAUCAAGGACUGUGCCCCUGGCCAGAAGGAAUGUGAUGAUUCACUUGACACUAUUAAUCAAUGUGUCCGUAGUCUUGACCAGGCUUCAUUGUCUGCUAUCAGUCAAAGUCUUACUCCAAGAACUGAGAAAACAUUACGGGGCUUCCAAGAACAGAUUAUAGGAAGUGCAAGAGAAAUUCUGGAUAUGGUUGACAAAGUGAAAAUAGCAGCUAAAUCUGAACCAGAAAAUCUAGGUUACAGGGUUACUAUGAUGGCCAGUUAUUUUGAACCAGUUGCUGACGGAGCUGUGGGAGCUGCUUCCCAGUCUACAACAUCAAAACAACAGACGCAUACGCUGGAUCUUACCAAAACAGUCAUGGAGUCAGCACUACAGUUCUUAUUUGCAUGUAAAGAAGGGGGAGGUAAUCCAAAAGCCACUCAUACCCAUGAAAAUAUUGAAACUGCUGCUGAGAAUACGAGGGACGUGUUACAAGAUCUGUUACAAGCCAUGGAGGAAGCUGCUUCUCAGGCAGGCAUGGUUACCAGUAUGAUUGAGAAAAUUACCAAAUCUAUAACUAAGACUGACCAGAAGAUCCAGAUCAGUGAAACAGAAUCGUAUGUAGAUUUCCAAACCAACAUGGUCAGUGUGGCCAAGAAGAUAGCCAUGACAGCCCAAGACAUGGUGGGUAAAUCUACCAGUAAUCCAGCAGAACUGGGAUCAUUAGCCAAUCAGCUGACAAGAGAUUACGACCUCCUGGCUGCCAACUCUGCAGGAGCUGCUGGAGCGUCUGCUAGUUCUGAUGUGUCUAACAGAAUUAGAACUACCGUGAUGGAUCUUGGAAAGAGUUGUAUAGAACUGGUACAAGAUUCUGGUAACCUACAGAGCAACCCAGGGGACACCUACGCACAAAGAGACCUGGCUGAUCAUGCUAGGAGUGUUAAUGAGAAGGUAGCCUUUGUAUUGGCCUCCUUACAAGCAGGAUCAAGAGGUACCCAGGCUUGUAUCAAUGCUGCUAGUACUGUCAGUGGCAUCAUAGCUGACCUUGACACUACCAUUAUGUUUGCCACUGCUGGAACUCUGAACAGAGAAGGCGAGGAAAGCUUUACUGAUCAUAGAGAGAAUAUACUGAAGACAGCUAAGGCUUUAGUAGAAGAUACCAAAACAUUGGUGGCAGGUGCAGCCUCUAACCAAGAACAGCUGGCAGGUGCUGCCCAACAAGCUGUCAAAACAAUCACACGAUUGGCUGAUGUCGUCAAAUUUGGGGCAUCCUCACUUGGAGCUGACCAACCAGAGGCUCAGGUGUUAUUAAUAAACGCAGUGAAGGAUGUUGCCUCAGCCUUGGCUGAUCUUAUCAGUGCUACCAAGAAUGCUUCGGGUAAAAGUGUACAAGACCCAGCUAUGUUACACCUCAAAGAAUCUGCUAAGGUAAUGGUAACAAAUGUGACAUCUCUGCUGAAAACUGUAAAGACAGUGGAGGAUGAGGCUUCUAGAGGUACUCAGGCUCUAGAAGGUACAAUUGAGGCCAUCAACCAAGAAAUAAAGGCUUAUGAUAGUACACCAGGCACAGACAAGAAAGCCUCUGCAGAAGAUCUGAUACGCUUGACCAAACCUAUAACCAUGGCAACAGCCAAAGCAGUUGCUGCUGGUAAUUCAUGUCGACAGGAAGAUGUUAUAGUGGCAGCCAACAUGAGUAGAAAAGCUGUGUUUGAUUUAUUAGGUGUUUGUAAGGCUGCUGCGUUAACAGCAGAGACAACAGAAACCAGACAGAGAACAGUCAGAGCAGGACAUGCUGCUGCCGUAUCCUAUAAUGAACUGUUACGACAAGUCCAUGCUUGUGUACAGAAACCCACAGCAGAGGCAAAACACAAUCUAAUCACUAUAUCUCGACAAGUGGCUAACUCAGUCACAGAAAUUGUUCACUCAGCGGAAGUUAUAAAAGCCAACAAUGAAAUAAGAUGGUCAUAUAUUGUCCCAGGUUCUGAUUGGGUAGAUCCAGAAGACCCUACUGUGAUAGCGGAGAAUGAAUUACUGGGAGCAGCUAACUCUAUUGAAGCAGCUGCUAAAAAAUUGGCAUUACUUAAACCAAGACAAAAAGCUAGGGAAGCUGACAUGAGUCUUAACUUUGAAGAACAGAUCUUAGAUGCUGCCAAAUCCAUUGCAGCAGCCACAGCGGCUCUUGUCAAGUCAGCAUCAGCAGCACAAAAAGAAUUGGUGGCACAAGGAAAGAUCCGUACUAGAAAAGAGAUUGAAGCUGCAUACCACAAAGCUGAUUUCCAGAAUGAUGAUGGACAAUGGUCACAGGGACUAAUCUCAGCAGCUAGAAUGGUAGCAGGAGCCACACACAGUUUAUGUGAGUCAGCCAACGCUAUGGUACAAGGUAACGCUACGGAGGAGAAACUCAUCGCAUCAGCUAAAGAGGUUGCAGGAUCUACAGCAGCAUUAUUGGUGGCCUGUAAGGUCAAGGCUGAUCCAGGGUCAAUGGCCAUGCAAAGGUUACAGUCUGCUGGUAAUGCAGUAAAGAGAGCCACAGAUGCUUUAGUGAAGGCAGCACAACAAGCCAAAGGAUUCUCAGAAGAACAGGAAGAUGUUAACAUAGACGCUACCAGGGUCGGAGGAAUAAGACAGGAAUUACAAGCUCAUGAAGACAUGUUAAUCAUGGAACGGAAACUACAGGAAGCACGAGAGAAACUGGCUAAAAUAAGAAAAGCCAAAUAUACAAAAGAGUGAAUUGCAAGCACAGGAAGAAAUCUUAAAGAGAGAAAAAGAACUUGAAAGAGCCAGACUGAAGUUGGCAGAAAUUAGAAAAGCUCGUUAUAAACCUGACGAUUAUGAUUCAUCAUCAUCUAAUUUUUGAAAGACUAAACCGUAAUAUCUGUGUGUUCAUUGUCUAAUCAAGAGUGAUUGUUAUUAUUUUUGCAAGUGCAAAUACAGUCAAACCUGUAUACAAGGGUUACCCUAUGGAACAGUGAAAACUGACUCUAUAAGAGAUUUGACCUUGAAAUUGAGGUUGAAAAUGUACAUUUGUUACAAAAGGCAGGCUCAGACAAGUUUUCAUGUAAUAGAUGUGAUCUUUCCCACAGGUUUCACUGUAUUUUGAUUGUAAAAGAAGAAUGAUUUUUUAUAGAUAUUUGUAAAUAUACGGAAAAGAAGUGCCAUGUUAUGAUUUGAAGUUUUUUUCCAUGUUGUAGUGGAUGAGGUCCAGAGGUGAAAGUUCAUGCUCACAAUUUUACAUAUCAGAAAUCAUAAGUGAGGUCAUUGAAAGGAAUUUAUUUUCAACUGGGAGAAUGAUUUCAAAAGUGGGCGUUGUUCAUGUUUACUUUAGUUAUACUAGAAUAAAACGACGGUUUAACAAUUUUUUAAAUGGUGCAAAAACAUGCACACACACUAAAAUAAUACAAAUGUGAAAUAACAGUCUGUGAAAUUACACUCAAACUGUAAUUAUCAAAAUGCCUUGGAACUGAGGCUGUGAAAAUAAAGUAUUUGCAUAGUUCUAUGUAUGAUAAGUUUAUUAUUUGCAAUUUAAGAAUACUUAUAAAUACUCCUUCGUAGUAUAGAUCAUUUCUAAAUGUACAAACCAUUAGGUAUGUAGUAAUAAGCUUAUGUUUGCAUUUUAGUAUUUUAAGAAAAAUGUAAUUUUUUGUAAACUUGUAUUUUUUGUAAAUCAUACAAGAAAGUUUUUUUUAGCUUACAUCUGAAUAUAUUUAAUUGUUUCAACAGCCUGCCUGUAUUGUAAUGUUAAAUAUCGACAUAAGUGCUAAAAAUACAGCAUGUUUAAUGUUUCGGAAACACAUAGUAAUAAUAUCCUGUCUGUUUACUUGUUGAGUGGCACAUAUAUAUAUGUUGUAUUAUUAUCGGAGAGUUUUUUGGAGUAAAUUUUAGGAUAUAUUUUAGUCUUUUUAUACAUGUUUAUACACAUUUUAUUUGUGAUACAAGCUUAUUUACACUUUGAACCAAUCUCUUUCUCUAUGUCUUAAUUGACAAUUUUACGCGUUGACAUUUUUUUUCUAUAAGUGAAAAGUAAUUUUACCUUUUUAGUGUGGCAUAAAAUGCUAAACAAUUACAGUCUUUUUUUCAAAGAAAUGAUUGUUUUGUGAUACUGUGGAUUCAUUAUUAUUCGUUAGAUGCCAAUUUUUUGUGGAUUUCAGGGGAACAGUUAGACCAUGAAUUUCAAUAAUUCCAUGAGUACCAAAUUUUAAAUAGGCUUGUAUGCAUACUUGGUUAAAAUCAUCAAAAUGAAUCCAUAAUAUUGAUGUUUAUUGAACUACACGGAAAUGUUUCAGAGACUUAAGUUUGAAAAUAGGGCUUACUUCACUGUGUCGUAAAAAGAAGAACAAAACCAAAGUUGCUCAAUAAUUCAUUACAGUUGUGAUUUCAGUGAGAAAUAGCAUAUUCAGGUAAUUGCUGAUGCCAAUAUCAAACAAGUAUUUGCUUUAGCCUGGCCUAAUUGGGUAAUUACUGAUACCAGUAUCAAACAAGUUAUUGCUUUUGCCUGUCCUAUUCAGGUAAUUGCUGAUGCUAGUAUCAAACAAGUAUUUGCUUUUGCCUGGCCUAAUUGGAGGAAUACUUACACCAGUUCCAUGUGAUCAGGUGAAAUUAAGUACCAUCUUAAGGUGUGUAUAGUACACAUUUUUAAUAAGUUUACUGUCAUUACUCGGACUCAUAUAAACAAGAUAAUAAUGACGUUCUAUGCUAAAGUUGAAAAAAAAGACUAAUUAUUACUUAGGAAAACCAAGUUAUGUUUAUAAAAACCAAGUUUAUUGAUAUAUAAGUCUUCCUUAUAGCCAUAUACAGUUGUAUUUUCUAAUGCAAUAAAACCUAACCACAUUUUACAUAGCUAUAGUAAUAGUCAAUUGAAAACUAAAUAGUAGGUUAAAUUUAAUAUUUACUAUGCAAAUUUGACUACCAAAGAUUUUUUUCAUUUUUCAAUAAUUUAUUUCUCCUUUAUAAACAUGUGAUGUUAAAAUAGAUUCCAACAUCCAGCAGGUGUUUUCCUGAAAUAUUUCCAAUAAAUUUAUUGAUAGAAUUUUAUUGGUAAAAAAAAUAUCAAUAGUUAUUUUAUAAUAUACAAAAACUGAUGCACCUCUGUGCCAUUAGCUUCCUUUAGAUGUAAACUAAAAUUUUCUAAUUAUGUUAUCUUUGCCUUUCCAUAUUUUUUUGUUGUAUUAUAUGUAAUGUGAUAAUGAUAUAAAAAUCAUAUAUAAAUUAUGUUAAUAUUGUAGAGAAUAUUAAAGAAAUGAAUAAGUAUUUAAUUUGUAUGUAUGUCACCUAGUUUUAAUCCCAUAAAAGCAUAAAAACAUACAAUUUAGUAAAGGAGUGUUGAAAAUGUGUACCAAUUUCAACAGCAGUCAUGAAAAUUUCAAACAUUGGACAAUUAUCAGAUCAUUUCACAGAAUAUAGAGUGUAUUUAUAAACAUAUUUGCUCGAUUUAUAAAAAUAAGGAUAGAAAAUAUUGUAAAACCAAACAAUUUUCUAGAUAAAAGCCUAGAUACAUAGAGGCCAAAGUCAAAUAUUGGACACAAUUAAAGUGCUCAUUAUAUUUAGUGUCCUUGAUAUUCAUUCAAUUUGUUGAAUUUAGACGAAUACACUUUUAUAGAAAGCAUGUUUUCCGUUUUGAUCAUUGUAUACUCUUCAUUUGAUGUAUUUUGUUGUAGGUAAUUUGUUAUUAGAUAUAUUGCUUUGCAAAGUUAUCACUAAGUGGCCUUUAUAGAGUUUUAGAUUUUUAUAAAUCUUUUAGCAUUCUAUUACUCAUAGAAACUUUAUACUAUUGUAUGCUAAAUAUGGUAUUAGGAAGUGAAGUUUUAUAAUUGGGGACAUGCCAGAUGGUUUACUUUGGUUUUAUUUUAAAAUUUUCUGUAUGUAAAAUAAAUAAAGUUCAUUAUUAAAAGGGGAUUUCAGCCCUACAGUCCAUUUUCCCACAUCCAUCUGAAGGGAAAGCUGCUAUGGCUGAAAAAAAUAAAUAUAUUUUAUAAAUAAGGAAACAGAAGGAUAAAAUAUAUGGAAUAAAAAUCGUAAUAAUUUUAUUUCUCAAAGAAAUAUAUAAUUUGAACAAUUUGAAGUCGUUGGGAUGAUUUAUUUACUGUGGUAAAGGGGAGCUUGCUCGGAUUUAAAUACAGCAUAUUGUUAUAUAAUUGUAUGGAGUGUACAGAAUGUAUCCAGUGCUUCUACAUAAAAUACUAGUCCAUUAUUGAUAGAAUUUUGUAUAUAUUAGCUCUGUUGCUUAGCAACAUAAUAUAUUGAAAGAUAUGUUAUUUACAUACAUUUGCACUUUUUGUUUUAUAAUUUAUAUACUGUACCCUGUGGCAGAUGAUGUCAUUAGAAGAUCAGACAAAAUGUCAGUUAGAAUGUGAACAAUUAUAAAUUAAAAAAAAAUCCACUUUAUUUUAGUUCAAUAUAAGAUUAGGAUCAAAUUUACUAGAUUUUCAUCAGUUUAAAGUUAAUCUUUAAACAGAGAUUCUAAUAAGAGGAAAUUCAGAUUUUAACCUGUGUUCUUUCAGCUAGUUGUAGAUUAUGUUAAGGGCUAUUCCAAAACUAGUAGUAGAAAGAGGAUAGGUGUCGAAAGAAAACUAAUAUUAAUAAUGUUGGAAUUCACAACUAGUUUUCACACAAUCAUGUUUUUAAUUUCUAAUUUGAAAAUGGUGUUACUUAAUUAUGAAAUUGUAAAUACUGCAUCAGACUAAGGGAAAGCAUCAUUUUAAUUUCUUGUUUUUGUUUGUUUUUAAUGACAUCUCUGCCUAACUAAUUUGCAUAUCAUUAAGAAAUAAAGCUUGUUUGUAUUAUAAAUGUUGACAAAAAUAAAUGAAUUAAUAUUUGUA